AUUGUUGCGUUUUACUUAAUUGUUUUGCAUUAUUGAACAAAACAAGUAUCAGUUGUAUUAAUCUUUUUGUAUUAGUCAAAUUUUGUAGGUAUAUUGUUAUGAUAAUCAGACAUUAAUUGCAUUUCUAAUUUUUGUUUUCCUGUGCGAUAUACUUUCUAUUAAUAUUUUUUCGUUUUCUGUACAUACAUAUACAAACAGUACAUUAUAUACAAUGUACAGUCGCGUGUCAGUUGUUAGAUGACGUAAGAAGUAGAUAUUUAUUUUUGCUACAACUGUACUGUUUUUAUCGGUUUUGUUCAUCAUCAAACAUCACAAAAUUGUGACAAAGGCUAUUAUGCCACCUAUGCCGUUCCGUUAUUACAUUUUAAGGCCAAUGAUAAAGUGAAUCCCGAAACCAUGGCCUUAAAAAAUGUCUGAUAGUCUGUUUAACUAUCAACCAGGAGCAGAUAAAUGAUAAUAACCAAACUGGUGCGUAAUUUUCAUGGGCAACGCAAAUACAAACUUUAAAGGAAUAAAUACGAAACGUGCCACGAGUAGCUGCGGUGAUUUGCAAAACCAGGUCAUUGUUGACUUUACUGGAAAUUCCUCUCUCACUAGCAGAGAAAGCCAUCAAUCAUUUUCAAACACGAGCAGACCUUGGUUUAAAAAUUCAAAAAAAAGAUGGAAGAGAUCUGUUUCUUCACAUGAUAUAAGCAAAACUGCUUGGCCUGUGUCACGAAUUGAGCAAGUUUUUCUACCGGAAUUUCCCAGUAGCCCACAAGUUAGAAAUCAACAAUUUGCAAUUGUCGAUGACAUUGCAACAGGCUCUUUUGGAAAAGUAUUUAGAAUCCAAGAUCUCAAAACCCAUAACUAUUACGCUUUAAAAGUGUUACCAAAAUCACAGAUCAUUAAGGAUAACUGCAUAGAGCAAGUAAAGAACGAGGUACUGAUUCAGGCUGCAUGUGGUCAUCAUCCAUUUAUCGUAAAGUGCCACAGUUAUUGGCAAUCAAAGAAGCAAUUAUUUAUUGUGACUGAUUACAUAGAAGGUGGUGAAUUAUUUGCACUGUUAAAAACCUACUCAUCGCUUCCAUUGGACUUGGUAAAAAUCUAUGUUGCAGAACUGGCAAUUGUAUUAGAUUUUCUACACAACGCAGGAGUGAUAUAUCGCGAUCUUAAACCUGAAAAUAUUCUAUUGGACCGUGAAGGGCACCUGUACUUAACCGAUUUUGGUUUGUCUAAGUGGCUUUCAUUUGGGGUGAAAACGAGAACCUUGUGUGGCACAUUACGUUACAUGGCUCCCGAAGUUAUAAGUCUCCAGCUUUACGGCCACGCUGCUGACUGGUGGAGUUUGGGAGUAAUUACAUGCCUAAUGAUGCUCGGACAGUUUCCUGUUUCCGCUGUUGCAAAUGAAAAUAAUGAAAAAUCAGAUAAUCGUAAAAAACCUGGAACAUUACCAGAUGACAUUUUCAUAGACAAUGCCUCGAAAGAUCUUCUGCUUAGACUGUUAGAGGUUGACCCCACAAAAAGACUGCGGUCAUUGCGGGUAAUGAAGACGAUAGCUUUCUUUAAAGGAUUUAACUUUGAGGCAAUUGAAGCUAAACAGGUGAGACCGUCAGAUAUUUUGGAAAAGCGUUUUCCAGCAGGGCCCCCAAGUAUCAACGAAAUACAUUUUAACGACUUUUAAAAAAUUACGAAAAUUAAUUAAUUGUAUAGGUACUAAUGCUACGUAGUGAGUGACAAUAAUAAUAACUGUAAAUUGGUAAAACAAUGUAGACAAUUUUUAAAAUAAACAUACAAGUAUAAUUUUC